UCCCAGUCCAGGAUAAAACUGUUUGUCUGCCUUUUGUGGAACACCGUCGGGAACUUAUUUUAUCACCCAUCCAACUGUAGGCUACUAGCCGCCGAGCCACAUGAUUAGAAUCACCAUCUCUCCCUCCCCGUGGAUGUUUUUUGCUCGAGAUAACCACGGAUUGAGGAUUAUUUCUGUUAGGGUCCUAUGCUGUGGGGCUAGCAUGAGACAGAGCCCAGCACCGAUCCAGCGCUCCAUGGACAUACCCGUCCCCAGUGCCCGGGAGGCCAGUCAGCUUCUGUAAAUGUGGUGGCCAUGGAGAGAAGAAGCGGCUGUGGAGUACAUCAGAUUUGCUUUCUGUUUCUCUUACUGUUUUCACUGUAUCCUGUCUGCUGUCGAGCCAGUUGGAUGUGGUUGGGAAUAACCUCCGUGGGAGUACCAGAGAAGCUGGGCUGCGCCAAUCUCCCGCUGACGCACAAGCAGAAGGACCUGUGUAAGAGAAAGCCCCAUCUCCUGCCAAGCAUCAAGGACGGCGCGCGCAUCGGCAUCGCGGAGUGCCAGACGCAGUUCGAGCACGAGCGUUGGAACUGUUCUACCGCCAAAGAGCUCUCUGUGUUCGGCUACGAGCUAACCAGUGGGACCAAGGAGACGGCGUUUAUCCACGCGGUGAUGGCGGCGGGGCUGGUCCAGGCAGUGACGCGCUCCUGCAGCGCGGGCAAUAUGACAGAGUGCGGCUGUGACACCAGCCUGCAGGGCACAGGCUCGCCCAGUGAAGGGUGGCACUGGGGCGGCUGCUCAGACCAUAUCCAGUACGGUACAUGGUUCAGCAGGAAGUUCAUAGAUAAUUCAGUGAAGAAUAUGUCAUCAGCCAGGGGAGGGGAUGCACUGCUCACCAUGAACCAGCACAACAGUGAAGCCGGGAGACAGGCUGUCGCCAAGACGAUGGCCACCGACUGCCGUUGCCACGGCGUGUCGGGCUCGUGUGCCGUCAAGACGUGCUGGCGCACCAUGGCGUCGUUCGAGCGCGUGGGCAACUUCCUGAAGGAGCGCUAUGAGGGAAGCGUUCAGGUGCUGGACCGUUCCAAGAGGAAGGUGAGGAGGAAGGAGAAGGACCAGCGCCGCGUGCCCAUCGGGAAGGAAGAACUUAUCUUCCUCAACAAGUCUCCUAACUACUGUCUGGAGGACCGGCGCUGGGGCGUGGCGGGCACUAGAGGGCGCCGGUGUAACCGCACCUCGGCCGGCCCCGACGGGUGUAACCUGCUCUGCUGCGGUCGGGGGUAUAAUACACACGUGGUUCGCCACGUAGAGAGGUGCGAGUGUAAGUUUGUGUGGUGUUGCUAUGUGAGGUGUCAGAAGUGUGAGAGCAUGAAUGACAUGCACACGUGUAAAUAGGCGGUGGGAGGCAGGUGAUGGCACACACAAACACACUCACACUGUCCCCAAUGAGAGACUAAAAGACUCCCCCCAUCAUUCCUCUCUCCCAUGGACAGGGGGGGGGGGGCGCAGCACCUACAACCC